CAAAAAUACAAGUGACCCAUUUCAAAGAGGUAUUCUCUGUCUCUAGUUGGCCACUAUCAAAGGGGUAUUCUCUCUCUCUAGAAUGCUAGUGGUUUUUUACUUUAUUUAUUUGGUGUCAUGAUCCACUACCCUUGUUAUGCCCAAAAGCCCCCCAAGUUUGUGUAUUGGCAUAGCAAGAAGCACAGAAAACCAAAAGAGUGUAUUUCAGAAAGAUGUUAGCAGGUAAGUAACCCAAAAGAGAGAGAAGAAGAAGCUUACAACUUAAAAAGUUUAAACGCGAAAUCGCUGGGUGAGUGGGUAUGGAGAUCAAACCCAGUCCUUCAUCCCCACAAACACAAGCCUCGCCUUCUCUUGUAUUUAACCACAACCUUUCCGCCACUGCCGCUGACGAUGACAAAAAGACGGCAGCUGUUUCCACGGCGGGCGGAGGAGGAGACCGGCUAAAGCGAGACGAGUGGAGCGAAGGGGCGGUGUCGACACUCCUAGAAGCGUACGAAUCAAAAUGGGUACUACGAAACAGAGCAAAAUUGAAAGGGCAUGAUUGGGAAGAUGUGGCCCGCCAUGUGUCUUCACGAUCUAAUUUUACUAAAUCUCCCAAAACUCAAACUCAGUGUAAGAAUAAAAUUGAGUCCAUGAAAAAAAGGUACCGUUCUGAAUCUGCCUCCCCUGCCUCUAACUGGCCUUUGUACAACCGUCUUCAUCUCUUGCUCAGGGGAAACACCACUCUCACCCCACCACCACCACCACUCUCUCACUCUCCGCCGCCGCCGCCACUUAUUCUCGUGGAUCCUCCACCUCCACCUCCACCUCCCUCUCCACCGCCCUUUCUUCCGACCCAAAAUUCUCAUGGAUCCAAUGGUCUUGAUAGGAUUAAUCCUAAGGAAGAUGGAGUUGAUAAUGGAAGAGGAGAUGAAUCAGAUGAAUUAUCAGAGAAGAAUAAGAAGAUGGUGAUAGACACAGACAGUAGCACACCAGCAAUAGUAUACAGCAGUGAGAAAGAAAAGGUAGCAAUGAGGCCAAAACAACCAACAAAAAUGAAGAACAACAAGAAGAAAAAGACGACGAGGCUGUCGACGGCGGAGGAUUCGUUGGAGCAGAUCGCGGGGAGCAUACGGUGGUUGGCGGAGGUAGUGGUGCGAUCGGAACAAGCGAGAAUGGAGAUGAUAAAGGAUAUAGAAAAGAUGAGAGCUGAAGCAGAGGCUAAAAGGGGGGAAAUGGAUCUCAAAAGAACACAAAUCAUUGCAAAUACUCAAUUGGAGAUUGCUAAGCUCUUUGCAUCUGCUACCAAACCUCUUGAUUCUUCACUAAGGAUUGGUAGAACUUAAUUUUAUAUUUUAUUAAUCCAUAUAAUAAUAGAAUAUCAUAUAACAAUCAUUAUAUAUUAUAAA